GUGCAGAUGGCGGAUGACCAGAACCUCACCUUGGAGGAAGGUGCUGGGGACGCUAUAAGCAAAGAAGAAGACUCUGUGGAUGUGAAGCUGGAUAGCUCCCCUUUUGUGCAGUCAUUUUUCAGUAAGAAGAAAAAUAUUUCACAGGCAGUGGCCAGGGCCAGUCAAGAAUCUUCAUUUCGGUAUGACAUGAAUUUUGAGAAGUUGGGCAAGUGCAUCAUCAUCAACAAUAAGCGCUUUAACCGGCGCACAGGUCUGGAUACCCGGGAGGGGACAGACAUAGAUGUUACAGCCCUUUUCAAGUGUUUUGGAAACCUAGGUUUUGAGGUGAUCGUCAAAAAUGACUGCUCCUGUGGAAAAAUGGUAGAUCUGCUAAGAAAAGUCUCCGAAGAGGACCACAGAAAUUCAGCCUACUUUGCCUGCAUCUUGCUUAGCCAUGGAGAAGAAAAUGCCAUUUAUGGGACAGAUGGCCUGGUGCCAAUUAAGGAGUUCACAUCCUAUUUCAGGGGAGACAGAUGCAGAACCCUUUUAGGGAAGCCCAAACUUUUCUUCAUUCAGGCCUGCUGGGGCAAAGAAUUUGAUAAUGGUGUCGUGCUCUGCUCUGGAUUUUUUGAUGAAGAACCAAAGAAAAAACGAAGUAAAAUUCCCGUGGAAGCUGACUUUCUCUCUGUUUACUCCACAGUUCCUGGCUAUUACUCUUGGCAGAACCCAGGACAGGGUUCGUGGUUUGUGCAAGCACUCUGCUGUGUUCUGCAGGAGUAUGGGAAAAGCCUGGAGAUUAUGCAGGUCCUCUCCAAGGUCAACAACAGGAGGGUGGCCCAGAACUUUGAGUCCAAGCACAGGGAAUCAGAAUCCAGUGGGAAAAAGCAGGUGCCAUCCAUUGUCUCCAGCCUCACCAAGGAACUCUACUUCAGCAAAGCACCCUGA